AGCAAACACAGAAGGAGCUGGAGACUCAGGUCCAGGAGUGGGUGUCGGUGACGCAGGUCGCUUCAAUGUGGGCAUUUGAGGUAUUUGAGGCAUGACUACAGAUCUGUCGCGAAGAUUAGCCACAGCAUAUAUCAGUACUCCUUGGCUAGGGGUCAGCGAUGAUUUGCGGCACGAUCGCCUUCGUGUGAGUUUGUGCCACUGUGCCGUUGAGGUGGCGAACAGAGCGCGACCCAAAUAAACGGCGUGAGGCAUGGCGCUCAGGGUUAGUGCCAAGCAACCCUAAUAGCCUGCCACACAUGGGCGCGCCCUCCGCGAAGGACCACACAUCAACCAGACCACCAGCACUACUAAGUGUUCAUCAUGGCCAAUAGACGUUUGCUCAAGGAAUUAAGCCAGCUGAAGACCGAGCCUAUCGCUGGCUUGGCGGUUGAGCCUAAGGGUGACAACUUGCUGGAAUGGGGUUGCACGAUCAAGGCCGCUUCUGAUUCUCCCUACAAAGGCGGAACAUUCCAACUUCUCGUUACCUUUCCGGAUGGGUACCCGUUCAAAGCACCUGAUGUCCGCUUUACCACCCGCGUGUAUCACCCAGGGAUAGAUGAAGAGGGUCGCAUCUGUAUUCCGAUGCUGAAGGACGAAUGGAAACCGACGAUCAGCAUGACGAAGGUCAUGACCACAGUUCAGGAGAAACUUAACAACCCUAGUGCGGACGACCCUUUCAAUGCGGACAUUGCUGCUCAAAUGAAGAGCGACAGGGCAGCAUUCUUGAAGACUGCAAAGGAUUGGACUAGGAAAUAUGCAUGAUGACUAUGAGACCGCUGAGCCUGCUUUCCUGUUACGACUGCUAUCAUUGUACCGCUAUCAGCAAAUGAAAUGA